AUGAAGUUCUCCAGCAUUGCUAUCUUUGCCGCUGCUGCCCUUGUUCAGGCCAACCCAGCUCCCUCACCCGCUCCCUCUCCAGCUCCUGCCCCAGAGCCAGGCCUCUUCGGCGACAUCUCCUCCUUCAUCGACGGCGCCGAGAACAAGGUCUCAACCUUUGCCGCCGGCAUCCACUCCGCCUGGGACAAGGGCCUCUCCCAGGGCAGCCAAAUCAACAGCGCCAUUGACUCCGUCUUCCACACCGACGCGUCAAAGGUCAUUGCCAGCCUCACCUCCGAGGCCGGCUCCAUCUUCAGCUCCCUCAGCAGCGUCGAGGCCACCGCCACCGGCGACGCCAAGGCCUCCUACAGCAGCGAAAUCUCCAAGCUCAGUGCAUCCCUCGCCAGCGCAACCAGCGAGGCCGCCGCCGCCGCCUCCGACAAGUCCAAGGGUGCUGCUGCGCCUGUUCAGACCGCCUACGUUGCCAUGGGUGCGCUGAUGGGAGGAGCUGCCAUCCUUGCCAACAUGUAA